CGAGACGCCGGCCGGCCACGCACGCGAUUCCAUUUCUCCCCCACGCACCAACACGAGCCAUGGCGUCCAAGCUCCCCGACGUCAAGAGCCACGGCGGCGGCGCGGAAGACGGCGGAGGAGGAAAGAAGUGGCCGGGCUUCGUCCAGUUCUUCUUCGUCCUCUCCGUCGUCCUGUGCGUGCUCCUCUACGCCCCGCGAUUGUUCGUGCUCACGUCGACGUAUGGCAUCGACUUCUUCGCGCAGCCGCCCCCGCCCAGGACGUCGAGCCGCGUGGUGGGACAGGCCGACAAUGCCGGCGUCGGCGACGUGGUGGUUCUUGAUAACCAGCUGCACUCGCCGUGCUCGUCGCUUCCCGGCGACACCAUCUGCUGCGACCGCUCGGAUUUCAAUACUGACGUCUGCUUCAUGGCCGGCGACGUGCGGUUGGACCCGGCGUCGCUGUCGCUCCUGCUGUUCGGGAAGCAGCCGCCGGCGCCCAACGCCACGCUGGAGGAGAGGGUACGGCCGUACACGCGCAAGUGGGAGACGUUCAUCAUGGGCAAGAUCGAGGAGGUGCGUCUCCGGAUGGCCCAUCCGGCGGAGGAGGACGGCCAUCGGUGCGACGUCCGGCACGACGCGCCGCUCCUCGUCAUGACGGCGGGGGGUUACACCGGCAACCUGUUCCACGCGUUCAGCGACGGCUUCGUGCCGGCGUGGUUGACGGUGCAACACCUCCGCCGCCGCGUGGUGCUCGGCGUCCUCUCGUACAACCCCUGGUGGGCCGGCACGUUCAGCGAGAUCAUCUCCGGCCUCACGGACUACCAUGUCGUCGACCUCCUCCACGACAAGCGGACCCACUGCUUCCCGGGCGCCAUCGUCGGCACCCGCUUCCACGGCAUCCUCGCCGUCGACCCCACGAGGCUCCGCGACAACAAGACCAUCAUCGACUUCCACGACCUCCUCGCCGACGUGUACGAGACCGGAGAGCCGCAGCAGGAGCCGGCGGCGGCGCGUCGUCCACGUCUCGGGAUCGUGUCGCGCAGGGGGACGCGGGUGAUCGAGAACCAGGCGGCGGUGGCGCAGCUCGGGAGGUCGGUAGGCUUCGACGUGGACAUCCUCGAGACGGCGAACGGGCUGCCGCUGUCGGCGUCGUACGCGGCGGUGAGCGCCUGCGACGUGCUGGUGGGCGUGCACGGCGCCGACCUGACCAAGUUCCUGUUCCUCCGCCCCGGCGCGGCGCUGGUGCAGGUCGCGCCGCUGGGCGUGCCGCCGAUCGCGCGCGGCUGCUACGCGGAGGCGUCGGCGCGGAUGGGGCUGCACUACGAGCAGUACGACGCGGAGGGGCACGAGAGCUCGCUGAGCCGCCGGUACGGCCUCCGCGACGCGGUGGUGUCCGACCCGGAGGCCGCCAAGCGCGACAAGGGGUGGGGCUUCGUCGCCCGCGUCUACCUCGGCGGCCAGAACGUCACCCUCGACGUCGCCAGGUUCCGCGAGACGCUGUCAAGGAUGCACGCGCACGCUCUACGCGUUCGCUCGUCGCACUUGCAGGGAGCCCUAGAUUAAUCGGUAGCAGCAGCAGAAGCAGCCAUUGAUCCAUCGGCUUCUCCUUCUCGGAUAGAUUUGUUCGUGACAAAAUCUUCGAUUGCAACCAAUUUAGACUCGUGCAGUCUUUUUUCCUGGAGAAUGGAGAUAGCUUCCGGGCUCUGCAGUGUGUACAGUUGGGCUAAAACAUACGAUCCCAUUUAGCUUUUUUUAA